GCUUUAGUAGGCGGGACUACUGGCAUAAGCGAGCUGAGCGGCAGCCAUCGAAGGCUACUGUGAUUGACCGCUGAGGAGAGCAGAUAUUUCUUGAAAAAUUCACAUUUUUUUCCCCUUCGACAGUAGUCAUGGUGUCUCACUCUCUCGCCCUGCCGAUGAUCUGUUUCACCACCCUGUGGGCGCUGGUGGGGGUGGUGGCUCCCUUUUUGGUGCCUAAAGGACCAAAUCGAGGGGUGAUUGUCACCAGUUUGAUUCUCACCGCCGUCUGCUGCUACCUCUUCUGGUUAAUAGCCAUCCUGGCGCAGACCAAUCCUCUUUUUGGCCCUCAGCUGAAGAACGAAACCAUUUGGUAUCUGACUUACUUCUGGGAGUAGAACAGACGGCCCUUAUCAUCGCCGUCCUGAUUCAAACGUGUAUAUACACACACACACACACAAGUACACUUAAGAUGAAGACUACUGUACAGUUGAUGUAAAUUGAAUGUUUUACGGUAUAAACGUUUAAAUAGGUAAUGUGUUAGUUCCACUUUUUCAGUGUUCAUUUUUUUUCCACGUGUACUUAUGUUUGUCCUGUGGACGUAAUGACCUCAGUGUUAUGUAGCUGUUACUAUCUACCCCCCAAGCAUGGAGAGAAACCCCAAAACUGCUCCUCCUCCCCCUCAUCCUUGUUGCCAUGGUGAUCUGCCCAACUGAUUGUCAUCUUUUGACACUAUAUGUAUAUAUAUUAGAGCUGUCAGUUUAGCGCGUUUUUAUUGGCAUUAAUUUAAAUGAAUUUUAACGGGAUUCAAUUUUUUUUCUCGCGGGAUUAACACGGCCCACGUCACAGCGGAUGUUACGUUGCUCUAUAAAUAAACCGGAAACAAAACAAAAAGCGCGCUGCACCGGUCCACGCGUGCGGGAGACACUGAAAACGGAUACUUAAACAGUUUAUGAAUGGAAAGUUUACUUUUAAAAAGUUGCCAGAUUAUUCCACUGACAAGACCAAAGUUACCUGUAUGUUUUGCAGGCGUAAACCCCUCCCUUGAUCUGUUUUAUUUACCUUUGAACCACAAUGCUUCAGCCCCCACCCAAAAAAAAAAAAAAAUCCAAAUCAACAUAUAAAUAAAAUACAGCUACUCUUUACAAAGACCAAAUUACAUUGUACCCUAUCCACCCCUUUGUGGAACUGGCCUGCGUCGAAAAGACCCCAAGUCUAAACCGGUCCCAAAAGACUCAAGAAUUCAGCUAUUUUGAUGGUAAUUCGGACAUUGACAGGCAAACUUGUGUGGUGCUACCCUCCCACAAAGUAGAAAAUGACCAAUUCAGCCCCCAGCCAGUGUUACUUUGUCAACAUGAUGAGACUUAAAA